AUGGAAGAAAUAAUUGAUGAUUUAAUUUAUUAUGUUCGAACAGAUGAAAUAGAUGAAAUACAGAAUAUAUUAGAAACUGAAAGUAUAAAAACAAUAAACAAUAUAAAAGAUCAAAAUAAUAAUUCGUUAUUACAUUUUGCUUGUGCGAAUAACAAUGUAGAUAUGAUUAGGUUCUUAUUAUAUGAAUGUAGUAUAGAUUAUAACACAUUUAACAAUAGUGGAAAUAGUCCUUUAUUGUGGGCUAUUCAGAAUAAAAAUUUUGAAGCUAUCAAAGAAGUUCUUUUUUUCGACUAUUACUUAAAUAAGUUUGAAUAUAUAGCUAUUGAGAAAAAACCAAAUGAACUUUAUGAAAAUAUAUUUAAAGAUAUAAAUUGUCCAACAUUUUUAAAAAGCAAUUAUAAAUUGAAUGAAGAAAUAAAAAAAAAAAUUAAUGCUAUAAAUAUACUUGAUUAUUUUAUUUUUUUACAUACAAAUGAAAAGUUUGAGAAUAAUUCAUAUCCUAACAAGUGCCAAAUAGAUUUAUAUAAAGAAAGAAAUAAAAUAUGUUUGUUAAAAAAUAAUGAAUUUUCUAAAAAUAUUUUAUCAGAAUCAUUCAAUAUACAAAAUGAAAAUAUAUUACAUCUAAUUCUAAACCAUCCUAUGUCUAGCAUUUUAGACAAUCAGGAAAGUAUUGAAAAUAAUCCAAAUUUAAAAUUUAAUAAUACUUUAAACCAAAUUAAUAAUCAAGAAAUUAAUGACAAUGAAAAGAUAAAGGAAAACGAUUUUACAUCUAAUAUUAGUGAAGCUAAAAUAGUUCAAGAGCAUAUUCACGAAUUAAUUGUUAAUCAAACUGUUAAAAUAAAUGAAAAAAAUGUAAUAAUAAAAAUAAGAGAAAUUGGAUUAAAUUAUUUUGGUAAAUGUUUAGAUGAAAAUAAUUUAGAAAAUGAUAUAACCGGAAUUAACAUUUGGGAAUGUAGCAUCAUAGCAAGUAAAUGGAUUGCUGAUAUAUGUAUACAAGAUAGUUCAAUUUUUAGUAAUAAACAUAUUUUAGAAAUAGGAGCUGGAUGUGCUUUAAACUCUCUUUCCUUGUUUAUACAUUCCAACAUUUUAUGUAACGCAAAUUCAAGCUUAGGGCCAGCUAAUAUUGUAAUUAGUGAUAUUAACGAAUUUACACUAAAUAAUAUAUUAUAUAAUAUUCAAAUAAAUAAAGAAUUACUAAAUUAUUGUGAUAAAAAUUGGGAAAGUAAAAUAAAAGUAUGCAAUAUUGAUUGGGUAAAUGAUAAUACAUAUUUAAAAGAUACAGAUAAUCAAACAUAUUUGAAAUAUGAUUGUAUUAUUGGUAGUGAUCUUAUAUAUGAUAAAAAUAUAGUUCCAUCUAUUAUAUUUUUACUAAAUAAACUAUUGAAAAAAAAUGGAACUUUUUUUUAUGUUUGUAAACAAAAUAGAGAUGGCGUUCAACUUUUUUUUGAACAAUUAAAACAGAAUUUUUUUGUUGAAUUUUUUGAAAUCCCAGAAAAUUAUUUUAUCAACACUUUUGUUAAUAUGGAUCAAGAAUUAUUUGAAACGAAAUUCUCAGAAUUUACAUCGCCAAACCAGAUAAUAAUGCUAAAAUGUGUAAACGUAUAA